CAAACAAUUUAAUUAAAACUUAAAAUUAUUUAUAAAUAAUAUUUGAAUGCAUUUACAUGCGCAGAUUUUUCCAAACCGCCACUUAUACAAUGUCAAAAGGUAAAAAUAAAAAAUCCAACGCCCCAUCUACUCCAGCCCAAAGUGCAGCUGCUCAGAGCAACAAUGAUGAACCCAUUCAAAUAGACAAAAACGGAAAUAUUACUAUAAGAAUUUUAGCUAAGCCGGGAGCAAAACAUAAUGGUAUAACAGAUAUAUCCACUGAAGGUGUGGGAGUACAAAUCGCCGCUCCACCAUCUGAGGGCGAAGCAAAUGCGGAAUUGGUCAAGUACCUUUCAAAGGUACUAAAUCUUAGGAAAAGUGAUGUUUCCUUAGACAAGGGAUCACGAUCACGCCAUAAGAUUGUAUUGGUCAGUAAAGGAGUCUCAACACCAGAAACUAUUAAGGAAAAUAUACUCAAAGAAAUUGAUUAGUGCAUAAGAACGAACAAUUAUCAAAUUAUAUGUACAGUGAAUGUCACUUAAAAUCGUACACCAUCGUAGUCAAAUUUUAUUCAUUAGUUUUAGAAAGUUGAUGUUUUGGAAAUAUUUUAAAAUGCUAUUUUUUAUAUUGUGUGUGCUAUUACCUAUUAGAAAAUUGGGUAUAAUUUGAAUUGCCCUUAUCCACAAAUAAAAAAAUUGGGUAAGACUGUCAGUGCCCAGAAUAUCAACGCUUCAUUUAAAAUCGUAAAGGCACUAAAAAAUGGCAAAUGAUACCCUACAAAGUAUUAGGAUUAUUUAAUAUUAACAUUUUUUUUUAAUUUUUAAAGUUUUAAUUAUAAUUUAAUAUAAUUGUACGAAUUUAAGUGAAAUAUGAAUUUUGUGAUGUUCUUUAAUUUUCAUCAAUAUUUUUUUAACGAAUUGAGGUUCUGUUAACUUUUUUGUUGAAAUACAUAUUUUUUGUUCUAAUUAAUAAAAUUACUUUUAAUUUUUUAUAUAAUCACCUAUUAUUGCCUGUAUAAUUUCAUAAUAUUUAAAAAAAAAUAUGUUGUACGAUUUUGAGUGACACUCACUGUAACUAACAAGUCUUUUUUCAACUAACCCCCAGUAACACGAAGUCUGGUUAUGUGUUAACUAAUAGUUUUUUAUUUAUUUAUUGGUUAUCUUAAAGUUAUAGAUAAAAUUUUAAGAUAACUUAUAUGUAGCUAUGACUACUAUGCUCUUAAGCUAGUAUUGUUUAAUAAAGAAAGAUAAAUUAAUAGAAAUAUAGAUUAUUACAUAUAUUUUAUUAUUAAAUAUCUUUAAAUAUGUUGCAUAUUUUCAAAAAUUUUAUAAUUAUUUUAUGGGAUAGUUUAGCCACUGAAUCAGCAAAUUCGUUUCCUUGAAUUUCACAGUGUCCAGGAAUCCAUAUUAAUUUUACAUUGGGGUUUUUAGGAAGUCUCUGACAUAUUUGGAGUAGUAGUUUGUGUUGUGUAAAUUACUAAUAGAUCGCAUAGCAGAUAAUGAGUCUGAGCAAAUCAUUAUUUUUGUUGUUGUAUCUCCAAUGUUUUUGAUUGCCUCAAAUAUUGCUAUUAUUUCGGCAGAGAAUAUUGUCGAAUAUGAGGGGAGUAUGGAAUUUCUUAUAGACUAAUAGUUAUACUGCCAGUUUUCAUACAAAAUUAUUUUUAACCGACAGUAGGUUAGUUAACGCAUAACCAGACUUGGUGUUAAUGGGGGUAACUUUUAUUCCGAUAAGUUUAAUAAUUUAUAAUAUUAUUUAUUUAUAAAGAAUAAAAACCAUAAUUAAUUAUGAAUACAAUUUGGAAAUAUGAAAAA